GCAGCGGAGCGCAUGCGCGCUGGGUGCGGGCAGGCGUUGGCAGGUGUCGCCGGCCGCGGGCGGUGAUGGCGUAUCGGGCCCUGCUGCUGUUCGCGCUGUGCGCGGCGGGCACCUGGGGGCUCUACUUCCAUAUCGGCGAGACAGAGAAGCGCUGCUUCAUCGAGGAAAUCCCGGAUGAGACCAUGGUCAUCGGGAACUACCGCACGCAGAUGUGGGACAAACAGAGGGAGGUCUUCCUGCCCUCGACCCCCGGCCUGGGCAUGCAUGUGGAGGUGAAAGACCCCGAAGGCAAGGUGGUGCUGUCGCGGCAGUACGGCUCCGAGGGCCGCUUCACCUUCACCUCCCACACCCCUGGCGACCAUCAGAUUUGCCUGCACUCCAACUCUACUAGGAUGGCUCUCUUCGCAGGUGGCAGACUGCGUGUGCACCUAGACAUCCAGGUUGGGGAGCAUGCCAACAACUACCCUGAGAUUGCUGCCAAGGAUAAGCUGACCGAGCUGCAGCUCCGAGCCCGCCAGUUGCUUGAUCAGGUGGAACAGAUUCAGAAGGAGCAGGAUUACCAGAGGUAUCGUGAAGAGCGCUUCCGUCUUACCAGCGAGAGCACCAACCAAAGGGUCCUGUGGUGGUCCAUUGCCCAGACCAUCAUACUCAUCCUCACUGGCAUCUGGCAGAUGCGUCACCUCAAGAGCUUCUUUGAAGCCAAGAAGCUGGUGUAAUAUUCUCUGUGUGUGACCCUUCCCUGUCACCUCAGUUAUUUGGUACUUUCCCCACCCAAUACCUUAUCCACCUGGAUUUUAAGGGAAAAAAAUGAAAAAGAAUAUUAGCCACAUUGGUUCCAUGGCAACAAAGCAUUCAGAUCAGCCACUUGUCAACAUUGGUUUUCAAGGACACAGGACAUUGGUCCAAGCUUUUAAAGAUCUGGCUCAGGUUUUCUGCGGAGUUGGAACUGACCCAGGACUGUCUUACUUCUCUGCCUGCAGUGACUUCCCUCCGUCCUGACACAAAAAGAGCAAAUGAAACAAUCUCUCCUACCCCUUUAACUUUUCUCUCUGCCUACUUACAACUGAAGGGCCCCACUGACGAGGCCCCAUCUCACAGCUCCCAUAAGUCCUGGGUUCAUUCAGUGGCAUUGUGAAUGUAAAUAAGGAGCAGAGGCCUCAGAAGAUUGAGAUGUUUUUCUAUAUAUUGGAAUUAUUUUUUGAUAAAUUAUAUAUUUUCCUUCCUAGUUGAGGUGUUACUGCCUGUGUGUGACUAGCCCAAGACCCCAGUGCAGUCCCCUCUGCAUCGUCUGUACCCACCACAGCAGCUCUCAGGACUUCAGCAGUCUGUGGGCCAGAAAGCAGAUGUUACAGCUGCUUUCAAGGCCCUAUGGAAGGGCCAGGCAGAGGCUUUACUGGGACACCUGUGAUUUCCAUCACCUGCCUUUGGAGUGAGAGAGGUGGUGAUAGCCAGCAUAAGGCAGGGACUCUUUCCCUCCCUCUUACCUUCAUCUUUAUUUAAGCUUUGGUAAAUGUUUUCUUCAGGGGAAUAAGGUUUGGUUCUUCAUGCAGAUUUUUCCAAUGAAAUAAAAUGUGUUGUAGUAGCUGUGUUUGAAGUGAAAUGAGAAGGUAUGGGCAGAAGGGAGGCACAAAGGGAAAUGCAGGAAAGGCCCUUGGCCUGGACAGCCUGUCUGGCUACCGAGCUGGCACUGCAAGUGGGCUGUGGGGCACAGACAGGGCAAUUGCUCAGCCAUUCAGAGGUCUGCCAGGUAGACCCAUCAUCAGCAAGGAAUCAUGCAAGAUUAAUCACCUGUUUGCCCCUGGAAUCAUACAUUUAAAUGUGUCUUAGUAUACUCCCUUAUGCCCUUAUGCUUUAUAAAACUUAAUACCAUUUGUUGCCUGUUCUUGACAUUCUAUUUUCAUGGUUUUAUUAUGUAUUUACUUAUUUAAAAUAGGUUACUUAUCUGA